UGGGUCCUGGAGUCGAGCUGGGGAGCUCUGGGGAAUCUCAAAGUUUGUGUCUGGAGCAGUUGUGGAAAGUGGGCUUACUGAGAAAGAAUUUUCUUGGGAUUAGAGCUGAUCUACCUUCAUUUUGGAUGCACACCGUGCUUUAACCCCUUUAAGCCUUCUCUGCCCGAUCCCUGGACGGCCUGUCUCUCCGGGGAUUUUCAGAUCUCCGAGGAUACCGGACGGGAGCUUUUGGCAGUUCUCUCUCAGGCCAGGGAGCGAACAUUUUCCUAAGUGCAUAAACUACGCACACGCACACGCACACGCACACACACAUACACACACACACACACACACACACACACACAUACUCGCGGAGCCGGAUCUCGCGCUCGGAGGCGGCUCUGCCCGCUCGCCUCCUGCCCUCAACAUCCUCGGCCCAGCGCGCCUCGGACCACCAUGGAGGUGCUGGAGAGCGGGGAGCAGAGCGUCCUGCAGUGGGACCGCAAGCUGAGCGAGCUGUCAGAGCCCGGAGAAAGCGAGGCUCUCAUGUAUCACACGCACUUCUCGGAACUUCUGGAUGAGUUUUCCCAGAAUGUCUUGGGUCAGCUCUUGAACGAUCCCUUCCUCUCAGAGAAGAGCGUGUCGAUGGAGGUGGAGCCAUCGCCAACAUCCCCAGCGCCUCUCAUCCAGGCGGAACACAGCUACUCCCUGUGCGAGGAGCCUCGGGUCCAGUCACCAUUCACCCACGUUACCAGCAGUGACAGCUUCAAUGAUGAUGAUGUGGAAAGUGAGAAAUGGUACCUGUGUACAGACUUUCCUUCAGCAACCAUCAAGACUGAGCCGAUCACGGAUGAGCCACCCCCGGGACUUGUUCCCUCUGUUACUUUGACCAUCACAGCCAUCUCCACCCCUUUAGAGAAGGUGGAACCUCCUCUGGAAAUGAGUACUGGGGUCGAUUCUUCGUGCCAGACCAUUAUUCCUCAGAUCAAGCUGGAGCCUCACGAAGUGGAUCAGUUCCUCAACUUCUCUCCCAAGGAAGCCUCCGUGGACCACCUGCACCUACCGCCCACCCCUCCCAGCAGCCACAGCAGUGACUCGGAGGGCAGCCUGAGCCCCAGCCCGCGCCUGCACCCCUUCGGCCCGGCCCAGACGCACAGUCCAGCCCGAGCCGUGGUGCGGGCCCCCUCCACACUUUCCAGUUCUCCCCUGCUCACAGCACCUCACAAACUGCAGGGGUCAGGCCCCCUGGUCCUGACAGAGGAGGAGAAGCGGACCCUGAUCGCCGAGGGCUACCCCAUCCCCACCAAGCUGCCUCUGACCAAAUCGGAGGAGAAGGCCCUGAAGAAAAUCCGGAGGAAAAUCAAGAAUAAGAUUUCUGCCCAGGAAAGUAGGAGAAAGAAGAAAGAAUACAUGGACAGCUUAGAGAAAAAGGUGGAGUCUUGUUCAACCGAGAACUUGGAGCUUCGGAAGAAGGUUGAGGUUCUGGAGAAUACCAACAGAACUCUCCUCCAGCAACUGCAGAAGCUUCAGACUUUGGUGAUGGGCAAGGUUUCUCGCACCUGCAAGUUGGCCGGCACGCAGACCGGCACCUGCCUCAUGGUCGUGGUGUUAUGCUUUGCCGUGGCCUUUGGCAGCUUCUUUCAGGGCUAUGGGCCCUAUCCUUCUGCCACCAAGAUGGCUCUGCCCAGCCAGCAUUCCAUGCCAGAGCCGUACACAGCCUCCAUCGUGAGGUCCAGGAACCUGCUCAUCUAUGAGGAGCACUCUCCGCUGGAGGAGCCGUCCAGCCCGGCCUCGGCCGGGGAGCUCGGGCGCUGGGACAGAGGCUCCGCCCUGCUCAGGGCGUCGGGGCUGGAGCCCAGGCCAGACAUGGAUCUCCCCCAUUUCAUUCUCGCGAAUGAGACCAGCCUGGAGAAGUCAGUGCUGUUGGAGCUGCAGCAGCACUUGGUCGGCACCAAACUGGAGGGGAACGAAACACUAAAAGUCGUAGAGCUCGACAGAAGAGUGAACGCCACCUUCUAAAGAGGGGGUCCCCCCGCCCAUCUUCACUCUACUUUUGUGUCCCCGAACCACCUUUGCCAUAAGCGUUUCCCUUUUGCCACUGAUCCGGAUGAAGACAGGGAGGAGCAGUCGUGGUUUGGGAUGGGAGGACAGCUUGGGAUUCCGCCUUCCCCUCCGGGCCCGUGUCCCUCCCUGCAGAAGGGAGCUUGGCGUCUCUCCCUCCCCUUCACUUACUGCAAUAGGAAGUUAUUUUAGGGUCAGGUGGGACAAGCAGGCUCGUUCCUACCGAUAGUGCCAAAAAGAUGCUGCCUGAUUGUCACCUGGGGGUGUCACCACCUCUUUGAAGAACAGAUGACUCUUCGUUCGUUUGAGACCCCAGACUCUUCACAACGAAACACCAGGACGCCCAUUGGGAUCGGCGAAGCGCUGACUGAUGGACGUUCUGCCUUCCUCAGCCUGCGUCUCCAGUGUGUCCUCCGCCGUCAGCCCUGGAAGCGCCAGGGCGUCCAGUGAGUGCCCCCUGCCACUCUGCUCUGCCCGAGCCCUCAAGCCCUCGCCGACCGUCCUCCGGCGCCGGAGCCAGGGCCCCCCACUUCGUAUUCUCAGGCCGCAAGUGCAAUGCCUGAACAAGUCAGGCUUUUCCACUCCAGGCGAACCUACCCUGUCUUGUUGCUUGUAGGACUUCUCCAUAACGUGUGUCCCCACACGCCCAUAGUUCCGCCUCCCCGGCUUCUCCUCCCCGUUUGUAAAUAGUAUUUAUUAGCUCGCUGAGGCUUCCCGCUAGCGACCACGCCGAAGAGAUCCGACGCCUCCCUCCAGGCUCCCGACGUCUGCCGCUGGCCUUUGGUUGCUGGGAGGGCGGCUGGGCUCUGGGAUGGCCCGUCCUCCAGACCAGCUGUCAUUUCCUUUUCCUCUCCUUUGUGUCUGGAGGCCCCAUCAGCAUGUGUCCUCCUGUAGAAAGAACUCGGAGGGAAAGCUGGAGCGAUGAUGCCCUGCUCAGGCCUGCGUCCCCGUGGCCAGAUGCUUCUUCUGCCCUGUGCCCGUGACAGAGAAGGGAGCCCUGUCCUGACAACAGGCCUUGCUAGCUCCUCUGGCCGCACCUGCUCCCGGCCCCUCUUCCCUAACCCCCACCCUGCUUUACCCUCCUGCCUCCACACGGGGGUGACCCGAGGUCUGCUCCUGGGGUUGGAGUAGGUGACUUUUGUAGAUCCACAGUCUUAUCUUUUAUGGUCAGGUUUGGCUACUUUGCAGCUCACCCAAAGAUACAUAACCAAACCCCCCCAACCUACUUUUUAUUUUCAAGUGAUUAAAGUAACUUUUUGUAGUUUAAACAAAAAAAAAAAUCUUUCCUCUUUCAUACAGAUAAGAAAUGGAAACUGCCUUUUUAUUGUAUACUGUAGGAGAUUUCCCUCAAGUGUUUUUUCCCUAGCUUGUAAAAGAUUUUGUAUAGGAAAUUUGCUUAUAUUUUGUAUUUUAUUUUUAGUAGUAGUUGAAAGGCCUUUAGCUUUAACUCCUCUCUCUCUCUCUCUGUCUCUCUCUCUCUCUCUCACCUGUACAUUGCCAUUGGAACCUAUGCUUAAGAGGGAUUAAGCCCACACCUGGGCCUUUGAUUCCACAUCAGGUACAGGAUCCGGUGUCAUUAACAUUUGCCAUCACACCUCAUGAACAGAUCUCUGUUUUGUCUGUCCAGGUUCACCCAGGGCUCAUUGUCAGGGAUUCUUCUCUUUCCCGACUGUGGUGGAGAGAGUUCCAGACGGGGAGAUGGCCAAGUCCAUCUUUUCAGCAGCGUGUGAAAGCCGGAUCAGGACUGCAGUGGUCCUGGUGACCCCGACAGUCCCCCGCACAGUUCUCACUGUCCCUUACAUUGGCCCGGGAGAGCUGAGACCAUCCGUGCGGUGCGGGAACGGGAUUGCUGCCUACCCGCCCUGCUCUGCUCCUGCUUCUCUCUUCCUUUUGUCCUUCUCGUUUGCUUCAGACCCUCCUGGGCCCGGCUGGUGUCUGUGACCACGAGCCACUGCUGACCCAUCCCUCUCGUAAAGAUGGCAUGUGAUUAUCAGGCACAGGCAGACUAUGAGGGCCUAAGAAGGUGAAACGAUGGCAUUAGCUCAAGGAGUAUUUGGAUGACGCGGAAGGAAAGGUUCCACGUGUAAGGGCAGAGUGUGAGGAUGGGUCAGCCUACCUCCCGGCCCCACGCCAGAACCAGGGCGGGAUAUUAAGGCUCCUAGAUUAGCCAGAGUGGAAAACCUGCUCUUCUGAAUGAGGACAGAGAAGGAUGAGGGCAGCAGACUGAUAGCCCCCGUUCUUAGUGCCUUGAUGAUUUUUUUCUCCCCGAGCUGCCUUUGCUUGAUUGACAUCUCUCUCUUCAGACAGCAAGGUGUUCUCCCUGGGAAAUGUGGGUUCCAAAUAAUUAACGGAUGUGUGCACGUUUUCUGCCCAGGGUAAGCCUAGGGUAUCAGUGGACGGGUUCUCUUCCCACCCAUCCCCCUACCCCCACCCUGACCCUGACCGAUCCCACCGACUAGUCGAUAAUACCUGGUUGGCCCAGACGAUUUCAUAGUGGCUGGCGUUGGCUUCGAAUUUCAGUUUUGAAAACUGUGAAACCGUUAGCGCAACCAUAAACCACAGAGCAUAAAUAGGUUCAUUAUAAAUAUGUCAAUUAUAUUUUUCAUCAUGCAAACGGGUUUCCCUUUUCCUUUCCUUUGUUCGAUUGCCCAAGCGAAGACGUCAUACAGAUUCGGAGAACGUGUGCGUCUUUACUGGAUGAGACCUGAGGAACCCAGGCCCCUCAGCGCGGUUCUUUUCACGGCUCUCGACUUUGCACUUAGAAAUAGAUACUGAAAACGAAAGCCUCGGUGCCGGUUUUAGGAAAGAAUUCCUGUGAAGUGCAAUGACUCGGGAGCCUCGCUCACAUAAAGGGUGUGUUAUAUAAAACUCCGACAGCUGCACUGGGGUGCUCCGUGAGGGCGAGGGGUGGGGGCGAGGUUGGACACCAGUAUAGGCAGAAUGAGAUAACCUUCUCGAUUACAUAAGUGAUUUUGAUUUGGAGACCUCAUUUGAGGAUUGUCAAAGCAGCUUUCAGCUCAACUUACUCCAAGCAAAACCACAGCAGAAUCCGAGGCCUCUGGGGGCCGGCCCCUCUGAGGGCACACACCUGUCGUGUGAGGUGUGUGCUCGAGCACAGGGCACAAACGGAGACGGCCCGCUGAGAUGUUCUAUCUGUGCCGGCCUCACUGACACGGAGAGACUGGAGAGGGAGGGAAAGGCGUUCGGCCUCCCCCUCGCCCGCCACGAGGCACUGCUUUGGUUCUGUCGACUCCUGCCUUUGAGAAACCUUUAUUAAAGACACCAGCAGGCCUGCUUGCAGUGCGGCAGGAUCUGUGAAACUUAGCAGCGAGGGCACAGUGAGUCAUUUUAUUUGAAGGCUUUUUUGCUGAGACAAUUAGGGAGGCGAUAGGAUAAACCGCCCUGGGGGGCGGGGGGUGGGGUGGGCAGUUAGAGGAGAGAGCAGGAGGCUGUGAAGUGGGGACUGUGAAGGAGCCCGAGACGGAUUCCAGAUUUUCCAUUUAUUCAUUCAGUCAGUCUCUGUCCGUCAGUCCUGAGGAAGAGUGUUGCGUGAGGCCCUGGGGAAUAAGGGUACUGAGGAAAUAGCAUUAAUCAAUAGCUCUUCAAAAGGCAUGUGAAAGGUCGGUCUCUCUCGCACACACACACACACGCACACACCUCUUGUCUUAGACACAUCCGUUUGUGCCUUACCUGUGCCUUAGAUAUGAAUCCAGGAUGACAGAGGACUCUCUUAUCUCUGGGAGAUUUUAUACAUAGCCUUGUAGUAUUAGAUCGAAGUGAGUGUGGGAGAAAUAACCUUUUCUAAAGGCUCAAAAGUGAUUUUCUAAAGUGAGCAAGGGUCGGAUUUGUGCAUUAAGGGAAAAGAAACAGGGUUAUGUCCACUAGAAAAAUCCCAUUUUGAAGAGGUGCAAUCGCAUCAAAAAACGGCCAGCCGGGAUUAAAGUAUCAUAAAACCUCCAGCAGGCUUUCUGGGUGCACAGGGGCCCGGCCUUUUUGGCGAUUCGUGGUCAGCACCUACCACGGGAGAUCAAGGGCUGUUUGGCUUUUGUCAUUUUGGGUGACAUAA